CACACCUCUCCACCCUGUGCUACCAGAGUCGCCAAGCCCACGCCAGUAGAAAGCCGCAGGCCGCCCCAAUUCCGGACCUCUCUAUGAGGCCAGGAAAACAGCCAAGAAGAAUGUCCGACACCAUCUAUCUAAAUGUCAAGCACAAAAGCGGGAUCAGUCCUUUCGCUCCAAUCAUCCAAGACGCUUCCAAACCAGAUCACAGAAGAAAGAGG